GAGACAAGUGGUUGAAUCAGCAGCGCAAUGGCAUUUAAAUUCGUCCUACUCACCACUCUACUGGCCGCAGUCAACGCAGGGUUGAUCCCGGAGCACGGAUAUGCUUCUUCUCAUCAGAGCAUCCAACAUCACGCUCCGCUGUACCAACAUGGUCCAUCAUACCACCAAGCCGCUCCAAUCCAUCAGUUGGCUGCUGUCCAUGCUGCUCCAGUUCAUCAUGUGGCCGCCAUCCAUGCCGCUCCAGUCCAUCACGCUAUCGUGAAGGAAGUCGAGCAUCAUGCACCAGCGCACUACGAGUUUUCCUACUCUGUUCAUGAUGGCCACACCGGAGAUAUCAAGAGCCAGCAUGAAUCUCGCCAGGGAGACGAAGUUCAUGGGCAGUACAGCCUGCUGGAUUCGGAUGGCCACCACCGUAUUGUUGACUAUCAUGCUGAUCACCACACCGGAUUCAACGCCGUCGUGCGUCGUGAACCAACCAACGUGAAGGUGGCCCAACCAGUACACAAAGUCAUUGCGCAGCCUGUGCAUACUCUAGCUCCAGUCGCUCACGUUGCUCAUCAUGCCGCUCCAUUGGUGCAUAGUGCGCAUCAUAUUGCCCCAGUCGCUUACCAUAGUCAUGAUUACCAGCAGGCCGUCCCAAGUCACUACAGUCAGCAUCACUACUAGAAUGCUAGGGGUUUUCGAAAGCCCUAACUACCAAUG